AUGGUGUCUACAACUCCCGUCAUCAUCAAUAAUGAAUCAAUUGAGACCGACAUCAAGUUUGAGGUCUACGCCCCUGCCACCGGCGAGCUGAACGGCUACUGCGCAGGCGUCUCCGUCGAGGAGGCCAAGCGAGCAGUUGACAACGCGCAAGCUGCCUUCCCAGCAUGGAGCAAGACAAAGCCCUACGAGCGCCGCGACCUCCUCCUCAAGGCCGCUGACAUCAUGGCUUCCCGCAAAGAGGAAUUGAUCCAGUACCAGCGCGAGGAGACCGGCGCCGGUCGCCCCUUCACUGAACACACCUUCAAUAUGGGCGUGAACUUCAUCAAGGAUUUCGCAGGCCGAAUCCCCACCAUCGAGGGCGUCGUCCCUAAUAUCAAUCGCGAAGGCGAGGGCGCCAUCGUAUACAAGGAGCCCUACGGAGUGAUUUUGUCAAUUGCGCCAUGGAAUGCGCCGUUUAUCCUCGGUGUUCGCGCUGUCGCCCUGCCCCUCGCGGCCGGCAACACCGUUGUCCUCAAAGGCUCCGAGCUCUCGCCCAAGUGCUUCUGGGCGCUGGGCGACAUCUUCCGCCAGGCCGGUCUCCCGGCGGGAUGUCUGAACGUGCUCUUCCACCAGCCUACAGACGCGCCGGCCGUGACAAACGCGCUGAUCGCACACCCGUCCGUGCGCAAGGUCAACUUCACUGGUAGCACGAUGGUCGGCUCCAUCAUCGCCUCUACUGCGGGUAAGUACAUCAAGCCUGUGCUGCUGGAGCUGGGCGGUAAGGCGUCGGCGGUUGUGUUGGACGACGCGGACCUGGACAAGGCUGCUAUGAACUGCGCUAUCGGAUCGUUCAUGCAUUCCGGACAAAUCUGCAUGUCGACCGAGCGGAUUGUCGUGCAGCGGUCGAUUGCAGACGUGUUCCGCCAGAAGCUGGCGGAGACGGCGGAGAAGCUGUUUGGCAAGGAGGCGCCCGCGCUGGUGCUUGUUAAUGCUGCGGCCGUUGCCAAGAACAAGAAGCUAGUUGGGGAUGCGGUGUCGCAGGGCGCGACGGUGGUCUUUGGCGAUGUGAGCGGUAGCGAGUCCAUUAACACUGGUAUGCGGCCGAUAAUUGUCGACGGCGUUACCAAGGAAAUGGAUAUGUAUGCGACCGAGUCGUUUGGGCCGACCGUGUCUCUAAUCACGGUUGACACGGAAGACGAGGCGAUCGCACUGGCCAAUGACACGGAAUACGGUCUGACCGCAUCUGUGUUCACUAGCAAUCUGUUCCGCGGACUGCGGGUGGCUAAGCAGAUUGAUUCCGGGGCGGUGCACAUCAACGCAAUGACGGUGCACGAUGAGCCGGUUCUGCCCCACGGUGGGUGGAAGAGCAGUGGCUUUGGUCGCUUCGGAGGAACUUCGGGAUACGACGAAUUCCUUCAGACCAAGACUGUUACUUGGCAGGAGUAA